UUUUGCACUAAGUGUUUGUCCAACUGACUAAAAGGGAAAUGUUUUCAUCCAUACAUCAAAAGAAAGGCUGAAAGCCCUAUCAUAGAGGGGGAAUAUGGACUUUGAAUCAAUAGAAGAUCAAGAUGGAAUUCGUCUGUCUUGGAAUAUGUUUCCAGCUACAACGGCGGAAAGCACAAGAGCGGUAAUUCCGAUUGGCGCUAUGUACAAACCUUUGCAUCAAAAACCUGAUCUUGUCACCGCUCCUUAUGAACCUAUUAUCUGCCGAGCACCAUGUCGAGCAGUUUUGAAUCCUUAUUGUAACGUAGACUUGCGUGCAAGAUUCUGGAUUUGUCCGUUCUGUUAUCAAAGAAACUCUCUUCCUCCUCAGUAUCAUGACAUUUCCACAAAUAAUUUACCUUUGGAGCUUCUUAGUCAAAAUACGACUAUGGAAUAUACUUUAAGUCGCCCUGUAAAGGCUCCUCCCGUAUUUUUGUUCCUCCUCGAUACUGCCGUUCCUGAUUCUGAACUUCAAGCCUUGAAGGAUGCUAUCAUUGUCAGUCUCAGUCUUCUCCCUCCAGACGCGAUCGUAGGUUUAGUUACUUUUGGCUCUGUGAUUCAGGUACAUGAAAUUGGCUUUAGUGUCAUCCCUAAAUCUUUUUGUUUUCAACCUGAUACAAGCUACACUAGUAUGCAGCUUCAGUAUUUACUUGGCUUAUCUGGAGGACAGUUCCGUCCUGUAAUCUCCAAAACUACUAUCCAAGGUACUGGUGUUACUUUAAAUUUAGGUGCCGCAUCUCGAUUUCUUUUACCCGUUCAGCAAUGUGAGAUACACCUUCUAAAUAUCCUUGAGCAGCUCCAACCUGACCCAACUCCUGUUCCACUUGGUAAGCGUGCCUCAAGAUGUACUGGUGCAGCUCUGAAAAUUUCAGCAACUCUUUUAGAGAUAGCAUUUCCUAAAAGUGGUGCUAGAAUCGAAUUAUUCGCUGGUGGUCCUUGUACGGUGGGUCCUGGGCAGGUUGUUUCUGUCGAGCUGAAGGAACCCAUUCGCUCACAUUCCGAAUUGGAAAAUGACAAAGCAAAGCAUUUUAAGAAAGCAAAAAAAUUCUACAAGGAGGAGGCUCAACGGUUAUCCGAACAAGGUCAUGCCGUCGACAUCUUCGCAGGAUGCUUGGAUCAGGUAGGAAUCAUGGAAAUGGAAAGCCUUGUCAAUUAUACUGGUGGUCACAUUGUACUUUCUGAUUCAUUCUCCACUUCAAUCUUUAAACAAAGUUACCAAAGAUUAUUUAAUGCGGACGAGUUUGGAUAUCUUAGGAUGGGUUUCACCUCUACUUUGGAUGUCUUAACGUCUAAGGGAUUAAACGUUUGUGGUAUGAUUGGCAACGGAUUGGGUGAGGGAAAAAGAAGUGACAAUAUCAGUGAUACUGUGAUCGGUAUGGGCAAAACGGAUUCGUGGAGAAUUUCCGCGAUAUCCCCAAAGUCAACUUUUGCCAUAUAUUUUGAUUUGGCUAAAGAAAUGAAUAAUCCUGCUUCUCAGCAUCCAGCGCAAUCAUUUAUUCAAUUUCUAACAUUAUAUCAACACGCUUCCGGUACUUAUCGACUCCGCGUUACAACAGUUUCACGUUCUUUUGUCACUGGUCAUGCUAAAAGUAUAUCAGAUUCGUUUGAUCAAGAAGCCGCCGCUGUAUUGGUAGCUCGUAUGGCAUUAUACAAAUGCCAAAAUGAUGAUGAGUUUGGUGUGGCUAGGUGGAUAGAUCGAACUCUUAUAAGACUUUGCCAGAAUUUUGCUGAUUACAGAAAGGGUGAUCCUUUAAGUUUCCGUCUUCUGCCGAAUUUCACCCUAUUCCCUCAAUUUAUGUUCCAUCUUCGUCGCAGUCAAUUCCUUCAAAUUUUUAACAACUCUCCCGAUGAAACCUCUUACUAUCGUCAUACAUUGAACUUUUCCGAUGUGAUGGACUCUCUAAUCAUGAUACAACCUACUCUCCAAUCUUACAGCUUGGAACACCCUGAAGGAAUUCCUGUUUUGCUUGAUUCAAUUUCCAUCAAAUCUGAUGUGAUCUUGUUGCUAGACACAUUUUUCCAUAUUUUAAUUUUCCAUGGAUCAGUAAUUGCCCAAUGGAGAAAUGCUGGAUAUCAAGAUUUACCAGAGUACAGCAACAUAAAAGAGCUUCUGUUAGCACCCAAACUUGAAGUAACAGAACUUUUAACAGACCGUUUUCCUAUCCCAAGAUUUAUCGUUUGUGAUCAAGGAGGUAGUCAAGCUCGGUUUUUGUUAUCUAGGAUCAAUCCUUCAGUAUCUAUUUCAGAGUCAUCUCCCUACCAUAAUAUGUCCGAUAGUUCUGAACCUGUCCUAACUGAUGAUGUUAACUUACAAAAGUUUAUGGAACAUUUACGAAAAAUGGCUGUCUUAUCAUGAAUUAUUGUUUUAAUUAAUAUAAACCCUUCAUUUGGUAUAUAAAUCCUUUUUGCUGAAGAUUGUUUUUAAGUUAGCAUUAGAGAAAGCAUUCCAAGCGAAUAGAGAGUAAUCAUAUGGUUACAUAUUUGAUAAAGAAGCAAUCAGCUUAAAAGGUCUAGCCUAUGUUUAAGAAAAAACUGUAAUAAUGUAUCUCUUUCUGAAAGCAUUUCAGAAUUACUUCUUAGCUUCUGUCGUUUUAUUUGGAGGUAGUGCGAGUUGUGUUUGAACCCUG